AUGCACCACCUCUACGACGAGGAGGAGAAUAUGUCGACCUCGGAAACUCCGGCGUUGGAUUUUGGCAGCGUGCAGAGGGAUUACUGGCGUCAAGUCAGUGAAUCUGAGGGCUUCGAUUUAGAGAAUAUUUCAUUACCACCAAAUUCUGGAGUGAUCACUGGAUUAAUUCGCUUCGAUUGUGUACGUGACAGGGGGGGUUGUCCUUAUCCUGUAAUGGUCAACCUUUAUGCUAAGGUGGGGCUUCAUCGUUACAAUAUGUUAAAGGAGACAAACUUCCAGCUUGAUUCCCUAGUGAAAUUCAACAUGUUACAUAAUUGUCGGUGCUCUUUCUACAUGACUUUGCUUGCACACGAUCCAGCUCUUGACCCAUUGAAGAAAACCUUCCAGGUGAAAGUUGAUGAGGCCGAAAUACACUGUUUGGAUAUUACGUGCUCCAUUUCCAGACUUAAAGAUGAAGUGAUCCCCACGAAGCCCUUUGUACCACCCUUUCAUGAUGCAGCAAAUGAGGAUGGUUUCUUCAAAGGUGAAUUGCUUGCAGAUAGUUUCUUCAAAGGUGAAUUGCCUGAUUGGCCGUCAGAUGAUGAUUUGAAUGAUGGAAAACGGUUUUACUUGGUGAAGGAAUCAGAGUGGCAAGCCAAUGAUUGGAUUUCUAUGUAUCUGGAACUUGUACUUUGUGCAGAUGGUAGGCUGACUGAGAAGACGCAUGUUUUUUCCAAAUUGGAGAUUCUGGAAGUGGCCAUAGAAACUGGUAUUGAAGAUGUGGAGCCGCCUAAUGAGAGACUCAAGGCCACAAGUGCAAAUGUCUACAUAAAGUUUAAGGGCCUGGCAAAUGUGUUAACCCGUAAAAUGAUUUUUGAGAGCGGUGAGCAUGUCGAACGUAAGGCUGUAGUCAGAAGAGUCCUCGAUAAGCAUGGACACCUGACUAUUUCAGGUAAGUUUUGUGGUGGUCAAAGUACUCAAAAGCAGCCUUCUGUGGCUCUCCAGAGUUGUAAAAAGCGACCUCGCUCAGAAUAGUACAACUCAUGGAGUAAGGCUCUUCUCUUGAUGAUAAGAUCCAUUUUGAAUGUGUGGAUCAGAUAAUCACAUGUGACAAAGACAUAACCAUGUGUUCUGUCUGGCUUUGUUGUUU